UGUAAUAGUGUAGAGGCGAGGUGUGUACCCAGCCAGCACUCGCCUGUCUGCUCUUCUCUCGCUAUGUCGUGUUUGCUCUGCUGCUUCAGGUGGUGCGGGGAUGGCGGCUCCGGACACAUUCCGCUCAAGGAGAUGCCGGCUGUACAGCUGGACACACAGCACAUGGGAACGGAUGUCGUAAUUGUUAAAAAUGGCAGAAGAAUCUGUGGCACUGGUGCCUGCCUUGCCAAUGCUCCUCUUCAUCAGAAUAAGAGUUACUUUGAAUUUAAAGUGCAGUCUACAGGUGUUUGGGGACUUGGCGUUGCAACCCAAAAAGCCAACCUAAAUCCGAUCCCAUUGGGAAGAGAUGUGCACAGUCUUGUGAUGAGAAAUGAUGGAGCCAUCUAUCACAAUAAUGAGGAGAAGAACAGGCUACCAGCCAACAGCCUUCCACAAGAGGGCGAUGUAGUGGGCAUUACCUAUGAUCAUGUAGAAUUAAAUGUGUAUUUAAAUGGAAAGAAUAUGCAUUGUCCUGCAUCGGGCAUAAGAGGGACAGUCUUUCCUGUUGUAUAUGUGGAUGACAGUGCGAUCCUGGACUGCCAGUUCAGUGAGUUUUACCACACUCCUCCACCUGGAUUUGAGAAGAUCUUAUUUGAGCAGCAGAUUUUCUAACGACUGGGUCCCCACACUGUUCCCAAAGCUGAUGAUUUCUAUUUAAGCUGCACGAUGCAUACUGAACAUGUGCUUUGUAUUUUUAUCUCAGUGGGUGCAGGUCUUUCAGAUCUUGUGUGUGUGUGUGUGUGUAAGUAUUUUACAAAGCAUUGCCUAGCUGCAAUUGCCGCUGUCCACAAAGCCGUGUAGAUAUUAUCUGAUAUUUUUGUGAAAUAUAUAGUCAUUUUAGGCAAAUUGUUAGUGUUGCUGAUUGUAAAUAGGAUGUUUUUGCCAGUGAUUAAAAGUGAACCAGUUGGCCAUUUUUUUUAACUUUU